GCAGCGGCCACGCCAGCAGGAGCGACCGUCGAGCCAGCAGGACCGCCAAGGACCGCGGCCAGACCAGGCAGCCGGGUCACACACAGGUCACCGGAGUCUGUCAGCCACUGACGGCAGGUCCCGUGACGUCACCAGCGCGGCGGCCCGACGCGGCGCCAGGUUGAGAGCCCGCCCACCGCUCCGACCGGCCUGCACCUCGUGCCGGCCGUCCAGUGUGGUGCCAGGGCCGCGCGCGGGACGGCCGCGGCCGCGCUCCCCGGCCCCCGGCGGCCAUGUGCUGACCUGUCACCGCGUGACGGCUGUGUCGGACGCCGCUGACGGGUGCCUGUGAGUCUCGGUGAGAUGGCUCCGGUGUUCGGCCACGAUAACCACGCCUACUCGCCGGACGAGGAGGCUGUGAAGCUGCAGAGUGUGCAGCGGCUCGGCUCCUGGCCCACCGAGCCGCAGGAGCUGCAGCAGCUCCGCAAUGCGCUCGCUGCCGGCCCCGCUCCGGGCUCCGCUCCGGGGGUGGUCCGGGGGUACCUGCCCGGACCGACCCAGCAGCCGAUGCCGACGGGACCGCCGCACAGCGCCCCGCCGGAGACGACGCCGCCUGUGACGCAGGAGACGCGGUUCGGUGCCACGAACGGAGUGUCGGAGGCCAUCCCGCGACCCAGCCGGGCACUGCCCGAUAUGGACCUGGCCAACGGCCUCAACAAAGUCCGGGACAAGGCGAUCGGCUUCGUGCGACAGGGCUCCAGCAAGCGGUUCUACCGGCCAGUUAUCAUUGGCACUCGGAAGGUCAAGGUCGGAGGUCAUGACCUGCCCGGAGAGGUCACUGACCCCGAGGCCAAGCCGAAGCCCGCCUUCCCUGACAACCGUAUCAGCACUUCCAAGUACUCGAUAGUGACGUUUCUACCGAAGAACCUGUUCGAGCAAUUUCGCCGUGUGGCCAAUUUGUAUUUCUUUUGCAUCGCCAUGGUUCAGUGUCUGAUCGACAGUCCAGUCAGCCCCGUCACAUCCGCUAUGCCGCUGGGGUUUGUCGUGUGCGUCACCAUGCUCAAACAAGGCUACGAAGAUUGGCUCAGACAUAAAAUGGACGACGAGGUCAACAACAAACCAGCCACCGUCAUACGAAACGGCAGAAUACAGGAAGUGAAGACGAAGAGGAUCGCCGUGGGUGACAUCGUGUGUGUGCGGGCGGAGGAGGACUUUCCAUGUGACCUGGUGAUGCUCACAUCCUCCGAUCGGGAGGGUCAGUGCCACAUCCAGACGGCCAACCUGGACGGAGAGACCAACCUCAAGACGAAGGAAUCGCCGGCGCAGACGCGUCACAUGCGCUCUGUCUCCGAUCUGGACGCCAUUAGAGCCUCCAUUGAGUGCGAGAACCCGCGGCCCGAUCUGUACAAGUUUAUCGGCACCAUGAAGUUCCACAACGCCGCUAGCGGGACGGUCGAGUCAGUGCCCCUCGGGCCGGAGCACGUCCUGCUGCGCGGCUCGCGACUCAAGAACACCGCCGAUAUCUACGGAUGUGCCAUCUACACUGGCCGCGACACCAAACUGGCACUGAACCUGAAAAUCACUAGCAACAAGUUUUCGUCCGUAGAAAAGUCGAUGAACAAGUUUCUGGUGUUUUUCCUGCUGCUGCUGCUGUGCGAGGUCACCUUCGCCACCUUGUUCUCCUUCUUCUACCAGAAGACGCAGGAAGCCGUGACGAGCGACAACGGACUCAUGGAAGGGUCACCCUGGUAUCUGCCUGAGGAGGAGUUCGCCCCGAUCAACACCAUCUUCUCCUUCCUGGUCAUCUUCAACUACAUCAUACCCAUAUCGCUCUACGUCACCGUCGAAAUGGUGAAGUUUGCCGGCACGCGGUUCCUCGAGUGGGACGAAGAGCUGGAGUACGAGGGAAUCCGACCAAAGGCCAACACGUCAGACCUGAACGAGGAGCUCGGACAGGUGGAGUACCUUUUCUCAGACAAGACGGGUACGCUGACGGAAAACGUGAUGCAGUUCCACCACUGUUCGGUGGCCGGACUCAACUACAAGGAGGUGAACGGCGAGCUCCAGCUGCACGAUUCUCGCAGACGGGGCCAGGCCGCACUCCAGAGGAUCUCACCCGAAAUGAGGAUGGCGGAGCUGGACGGCUUUCUGACGGCGCUGGCGCUGUGUCACACCGUCCAGGUGACUGAGGCCACCGCAGACGACCUGCUGCCCAGAUACCAGGCCAGCAGCCCCGACGAAAAGGCGCUGGUCGAGGCGUGCAGCAGGUUCGGCGUCGUGUUCGGCGGCAUCACGGACGACAUUUGCAAGGUCACAGUGAAGGGAGAGGUCAAAUACUACAAACGGCUUCACGUCCUGGAAUUCGACUCCGAUCGGAAGCGGAUGUCUGUGAUCGUUGAGGAUGCCCAGGGCCGUGUGAUGCUGCUCUGUAAGGGCGCCGACAGCACGGUACUCGCGCAGUGCGUGGAGGGCGACAAAGAACGAACCGUGGAGCACGUCAACUACUACGCUAUGCUGGGUUUGCGGACACUGGUGUUUGCCUGGCGCGAGCUCACCAAGGUCCAGCUGGACGAAUUCUCCCUGAAACUGAACCAGGCCAGAUCAUCCAUGAAUCGACGGGAGGAGAAAGUCAGGGUGGUGGUGUCUGAGAUAGAGUCGGAGAUGGAGCUCCUCGGCGCCACGGGAGUCGAGGACAAACUCCAGGAGGGCGUGCCAGCCACGCUGGAGAUCAUGAGGGCGGCAGGAAUCAAGAUCUGGGUUCUGACCGGGGACAAGGUGGAGACGGCGGUUAACAUUGCCACCUCGUGCGGCCACUUUAAGCGCGGUACCACCAUGCUGCGGGUGGUCCGAUUCCGCUCCCUGCCUGAGCUCCGACAGACGCUGGCCGAGCACGACCUGCGGACCGGUCAGGAGAUACACGGUAACUUCGGCCUGGUGCUGGACGGCGAGAGCCUUACGCUGGCUCUUCACUCCCGGGACACCCGCCACCAGCUUCUGGAUGUCGCCACCAGAUGUCAGGCGGUCGUCUGCUGCCGAAUGUCGCCCAUGCAAAAGGCAGAGAUGGUGAAACUGGUCAAGUACUCCAAGGAGCGUCCGAUCACGGCCGCUAUUGGGGAUGGAGCCAACGACGUCUCCAUGAUCCAGGAAGCGCACGUCGGCUUCGGACUGGUGGGUCGGGAGGGUCGUCAGGCGGCGCGCUGCUCAGACUUCUCCUUCGGCCGGUUCCGGUUCCUGAGCCGCAUUCUGCUGGUUCACGGCCACUGGUACUACGUGCGACUGGCCAACCUGGUGCAGUACUCCUUCUACAAAAACGUCGCCUUCAUCACACCACAGCUGUUCUUCGCAUUCAGCAACUACUUCUCCACCACGAGUCUCUACGACAGCCUGUUCCUCACCUUCUACAACGUGUUCUACACCGCCGCCCUGCCGCUGGCCUACGGAAUUCUCGAGCAGGACAUCCCUGCCGAGACGCUCAGCAAACGGCCCGACAUCUACCAGCGCUUCGGGAAAAACGUGCUGCUCGGCUGGGGAGAGUUCGUCAAGUGGACUCUUCUCGGUCUUUGGCACGCCAGUGUGCCCUAUUUCCUGGUAUGGUACACCUGGCGAGCCGACCCCAUCAUGGUCGAGUCCGGUCGCAUGAUGGGAGUCUACGCCUUCGGCACGGUCAUCUGCCAAAUCAUCGUCUUCGUCGUCAACCUGAAGAUGAUCAUCAUGAGCAGAUACAUGACGUGGAUUUUCUGGCUUUUCUUCGGCGGAAGCCUCGUGUGCAUCUUCCUCACUGCAGUAUAUUCAAUCCUGAGGAUUCCGAUUCUGGACAACAGCACCAUGUUGGGCGUGUACGAGAUGGUGGCCAGCUCCCCGGCUCUGUGGCUGCUGCAGCUGCUGCUCGUCACCGUCUGCCUGCUGCCCGACCUCCUGCUGGAGGUGGCGCGCACACACGAGCGAGGCCUGGGGAAGUUCACCGACCGGGUGCGCGUGGCGCUCGGCUUCCACAGCAGCUCGGCGUCCACGCUGCCGGCGUUCACCCGGCGUCCGCUGAGCUCAGCACGGCGAGCGGCGUCCGUGCGCGCGCCGAGAGGGUCGGUGGACCGUCUGCCGCCGCCGUACGAGUACUACGGCACAGCGGGGCCGCCGCCGCCCGCUGACGGGCCAGUGAAGGUGGUGGACUCAUCCGUGCGAGGAGCGGUGGAGAACGGCGCGAGCGAGCCGGCGCCGGGGGUGACCAGCCGCACGGACAGGGCCUCAAGGGGGACGACAGCGAUCACGGAUGUGUCCACGUGACCAAAGAUGCUUGUCUGGUGGUGUUACGAUUCGACGGGUUCCUGCUGAAAGUUACAGAACGGGUCGGGGAGGAGCACAAGACAUGACUUUCACGAGUUCAUACAUGCGAUGCCAUACUAGUCCAAUACGAAGUUGAGCCGCUGGGGCUCGAGACAAAGUGUAGUGUAGAAAUUUGUGCCAGUUUCAUUUAUUGUAAGGCAGUGGCGGCGUGUGCCGACAGUGUUGGUGCCUGUGACGAGCUUAGAGCUCUUGUUCCUUGUCGAGCUCAAACGGUGGCAGUGGAUCGUAGACUAGUGACCACAUCGAUGACUAGUGACUAGUAGUGAUGACCAGUGCUCUCUUCAGUCAAACGGACACUGGGGAUGGCCGCUAGUGAUCUCCGCCGUCCACAAAACUGUUCCCACGGAGUCAUGGACUCUUUCCAUGUCGGUCGUCAAUAAUGGUUGUAAGGCGAUGGCCUAGUCAGGUGCUUGUGCGCUGUUGCAUAGCUUGUAUUGCCUAUCUUAUAUAUCGGGCAUAUUUCCGUAUCUAAAUGUGAAAAGUUCGACGGAACCUUUUCAUCGGCGUAACACGAUUAAUUGUCAGGGGGGGGGGGGGGGCAUUGCAUGGACGAUUCGAUAUAAUGUUUUUACCUCAUUGAUUUUUACGCCUUUGUUCGGAUUCAUUUCCCGCAUAAUAGGUUAUCAAUAAUUUCAAAUAAUAUUCUGAACGCUAGAGCCCACUAAUUUGUGAAAUUACAGAUGAGGAGCUUCGUGGAAAAAAGAAUCCAACCUACUUUUAUUCAUGGCCGUCGUUUUGCUUGUAUGCGCGAACUUAAAAAGUGUGUCUUCUUUAUUGUACUGUACGAGUGGCGGGACAUACUCGUGCAUGCUUUUAUGUAUGCUUGUAUGCUUUUAUCGCCUUUUAAGUGACGACUCCCUGUCGCUUAGUUAAUUCUGUGAAGAGCUUACGCACUGAGACUUUCUGCUAAGCAGAAGUAUGUGAGCACUAUGCCGGUAUUUAUGUUUUAUGGGAGCUUGCGUGCUGUUCUGUCCAAUGUGUCAGCUCAUGUGACACUGUGCGAGUAUCUACGUACACCAGGGACCACAUGCGACGUGUCAGCGUUUAAUGAAGUCUGUUUGAGCGGUUCGAA